AUGCAAAACAAAGAGGCGAUACACGAGGUUGAUAAACGAUUUGCUCGGUGGCUUUUGGAUUGUAAAAUUCCAUUUAAUGCUGUGAUGUCGCCAUAUUUCCAAGAUAUGUUGGAUGGUGUUGCUGGUAUUGGACCUGGUUACAAGGGGCCUUCUUAUGAUAAGUUAAGGGUUCAUUUGUUGGCUGAUCUUAAAAGAGAAAGUCAAAUGCUAGUUGAUAGUUAUAGGAGUGCAUGGAAGGAAACUGGAUGUACUACCCUCAUGGCUGAUGGUUGGACAGAUCAAAGACAAAGAACGUUAAUCAAUUUCUUGGUGUAUUGUUCUAAAGGUUUGUGCUUUGUGAAAUCAGUAGAUGCUUCCAGUAUGGUAAAAAAUGCUUCACACUUGUGUAAUUUGUUUUCUGAGGUGAUUGAAUGGAUUGACCCAAAUAAUAUUGUGCAUGUUGUGACCGACAAUGCGGCCAAUUAUGUUGCUGCUGGUAGGCUUAUCAAUAGAAAAUAUGAUAAUAUCUAUUGGUCACCAUGUGCUGCUCAUUGCCUUAAUCUUAUUUUAAAUGAUAUAAGCAGCAUGGCGCAAAUUUCUAACCUUGCAACUCGUACUUCAAAGAUCACAGUAUUUGUAUACAAUCAUACGAUCAUCUUUGUCUGUAAAAAGGAGUUGCAACAAUUGGUUGUAGAUUCAAUUUUCACUGAUCACAAAUUAGGAAGGAGUGCUACUGAUAGAGUUGUGAGUGCUAUUAUUCUGGACUGCAAAUUUUGGGACGAUUGCUUUACUGUAUGUAAACUUGUGGGCCCUCUGAUUUACUUGCUGAGGGUUGUUGAUGCUGAUGACAAACCAUCUUUGGGAUAUGUUUAUAAAGGAAUGCUAAGGGCAAAAGAUGCAAUUAAGGAGAUGUUUAGGCAAUCCAAGACUGCAUAUCAGCCGUACACGGAUAUUAUCAACUCAAGAUGGGACAAGCAUUUGAAGAAAGAUCUUCAUGCAGCAGCUUACUUCCUGAAUCCUAAAUUCUUUUUUAAUGAAAAUUAUAAAGAAGCACCUGAUGUUAUGUGA